ACCAACCCAUUUUGCGUACAAAGCAAAGUUGUCAUUAGACUUGGAAGGACUUCGUAGUUGACAUGCCGUCAGGAGAUCCAAAUAUUUCCCUCAAAGGAUUAACUCUCCCUCCAUAAGAAAAAUGCCACAGUAGCAUCGAUAUUUAAAGCAUAUUUAAGCGUUUUCACGACCCUCAAAAUCCGCAAUCCAAGCGAGAUAUUUUGAGUCAAAAUGGCCGAGCACCUUGAGUUGGUGGCCGAGAUUCCGAAAGUUGAAAAACUUACAGUGCAAGAACGUUUAGAGUACGCUAAAAAAAGACGAGCUCAGCAGAUCAAAAGAUGGGAGAGAGAAAAGGAUUCAGACUCCGGUCCUCCUCCAAGGAAAAAGAAAUUUCGGACUAAACCAUUGACUUUUGAACCUCAAUUCACGCUUCUGGACGCAGCAACUAGGGGAGACGUAGACGAAGUCAAAUCGAUGCUCGACGGUGGCGUUGAUCCUAACAUUUGUAACGACGAUGGAUUAACAGCGCUACAUCAGGCUUGUAUUGAUGGAAGAGAAGAAAUCAUUGACAUCCUGCUUGAUCAUGGUGCUAUCCUAGACAGUGUGGACAGAGAAUUAUGGACUCCACUCCAUGCCGCUACAGCUUGCGGUAAUGAAGAUAUAGUGGAAUAUCUCCUGGACCAAGGAGCUAAUAUUGUUGCUAUAAAUGCUGAUGGGAAUAUGCCGAUAGAUUUAGCUGAGGAUGAUGAGGAGCUGAGAGAGAUUCUUGAAGCUGAGAUGGAGGAACAAGGAUACACGAAAGAAAAAUUAAUGCAAUUGAAACGAGAAGAAGAAAAGAAAAUGUUGUCUGAUCUGAAAAUGCAAUCUAAUGAAGACAUGGAUCUUGAUCAAAAAAAUGAGCAAGGAGCAACGAUGGUACAUAUAGCUGCUGCUAAUUGCUAUGAAGAUGCCUUGGAGUUUCUAUUGGAGCAUGGUGCUGCCGUAGAUAUACCAGACAAAGAUGGCUGGCAGCCCAUCCAUGGAGCAGCUGUCUGGGGCAAUCAUUAUGUGAAGACCCAGAACUACAACAGUUCCUCGUAGAUUUAAAGAAUAAAGUAAAAGCAAACAAAAAGCAAUCAGGAAAGCGAAAAAGAAGUAACUCUAGAUCGCUGUCAGUCAAGAGAACAAGCUUGAAGGACAAGAUCAGCAUAUCUCACAACGAAGCCAAGGCUGAAGCCAUUCUGCGUGUGCAUCCUCAACUGGCAUUUCUUCUUCCUAAAGGAACUGAGGCCAAACAGCAAGAACAAAGUAACAAAUCAAUAGACAUCACACCAGCAGCGACCGCAGGCCAAGCAACACAGAACUCCACCACCAACGCCACAAACCUUCCCACCAGUAGACAAGAUACCAGACCAGAACAGACUGACAAAACUUCGAGUCUUACGAGACCAAAAGGCAAGGAAAAUAUCGACCCUGUUACUAGAGACAGCGGUAUGGUUGCUAAGGACAAGAAAUACGAAGAUAGUGGGGUCAAAGAACGAAAAGGAAGUCUCAAAAUUUCUGUCAAAACUUAUACCACGACUAUUGAUAACAAACCAAAAGAAAGCGAACGAGACGAGAAACCACGUUCUCCCAGGGCAACCAGGUUACCAAGGGAACCAAAACCUGAUGUUUCCAUGGCAACCUCUGGAAGCAAGGAAGCUAGGAUGUCAAGUUUACCGAGAGGCGGUUCGGAUUCCAAGCAGUCUUCACCUCCUGCUUGUUCUCUUGUUUCGAUCUCUACUCAUUCAGGUUCACCGGAGAGACAGCCUGAUCGUGCACAACCAAGAAUUCCAACGGGGACGGCGGAUAACAAAGAUUCUUCCAGUCCACAGCGCGAUUCUUCUGUGCCCAGGAAGCCAUUAACAGAACGAGCAUCCAAAACAGAUAGCCCUAGUAAUAUAGUUGCGAAGGAGAGUUCAAUGAGUCGCUGUAAAACAAAAGAGGAGCCGAAAUCCAGUAGCAAUAGUACAAUGGAUGUGAACUCCAAUUCGAAGCCAGACAGAGAUGCGAAACUCAGUUACUCGAGUAAAAAAAUCAGCAUUUCAAGUGAUCAUCUUGGACCCAGAUCGGAGACUGUGUCGUCUGGUACCGGUAGUUUACCCAAGUCGACCAAAACACGUCCCGCACCCCCUCCCCCCAUACCCCGGUCAUCGGGGAGUCUCAGCCGAAGUCACGAGCCGGAAGAUACUUCAGGGUAUCCUGAUUCAUUCAGUAAAAAGUCACGGAACUCGAGGGAAAAUAUCUUGGAUGUUGUUGCCACUGGACGCUUAGGACCACAAGACACGAAACCAGUUUCUCCUGGGGAUGUAAAAAUAGAAGCUGCCGCAGGAACAGCUAAAUACACCCCAACCAAGGAACCGUACAGUAAACACCAUGACAGACCAACAAACCACAAUAUAAACCAACCUCCCAAUAAAUCCACGAACCAAACUACCAGACCCAACAACCAAUCAACUAAUAGACCUACCAACCAACCAACCCCCACAAACCAACCAACCAAUCAACCUGCUAGCCAACUCCCAAACAAGCAUGGCAGCCAGCCCACCAGUAACAAAAAAGAACCGUACACGGAACGAUACACCAGGCGGGAUGAAAACGACGUGAUUGSAAAUGACAAGGUUAUCUACCACGAUCACGUGGAUGUGGAGAGAGAAAAGAAAACUUGCUGUGUGAUGAUGUAAGCUACGAAAGACAGAGUCAAGAGAGGUGACACCAUUUCGCAAGGUUUCGUAAAGUUAACUUCUUGAAUAGCACGAAGGUUUAUUAUUUAUCGCCUAGGGGA